AUGGAGAAAAAUAAACGAUGGCGAAGUUCGAUGAAGAAGUUGAAAUUGACCAGUAAAGAAAAAACAGGUGAAGUAUUAUCAAAAUUAUCAAGUGAGGAAUUAUCAAAUCCUAACGAGAUUAAUACAGAUUUAUCAAAAGAGAAAAUCGAGAAAAGUUCGAGUAAGAAAAGAGCUGGAAAAAUAAGUGAAAAAAUUGAGAAGCGAACGGGUCGAAAAAUUACGAAAGCUUCCAGGGAAAAACAUUUUGGUUCCAAAGAACCUAGUUCUUUUUCUAGCGAAAAUGUGAGAGAAGAUUUUGGUUCCAAAGAGACUGUUGGCAAGUUUUCUGGCUCCAAAGAAUUUUCAAGAGAAAUUUCUGGCUCUAAGGAAAGCACGAAAGACAGGAAAAGUAAGUCAAAAGAAUCACUGAAAUGUACCAUUAGCUCAAGAAGCACGGAAAAAUUAAAAGAUAAACCAAUGGGAUACAAUAAAAAG